AUGUAUGUGGCUUUGGCUCGUGCCCGUUUUGGUGUUGAGGCGCCUCCUUGGAAGGUGCAGCACAAACAAGACAUCGGACGAUUCUACGGUGACUGGUCUCGUGUAUUUCCAUACAUCUUCUUGAAGGGUUUUGUCAGGCGCUGGCAAAUCACCUUCAAACAUAUGUGGUCCGAUCCUGUUGAGUGCCGCAGAGUGCAGAUCGCGGAGUUCCGUUUGUCUGAACACGGUGGCGAUGGUCAGUGGAGGGUGCUCCGAGAUGCAUGGCCAGACUUUGCUUGUAGGCACGGUAUCCAGAAGUCCCCAGGGCAGAUUGAAUCCAUGGUGGCUGUAUUCAUGUGUUGCAGUACUGCUCCGAAUUACUUCGCAUCUUUCAUUUGA